CUUGACAAGAGAGAACCUCCAUCUGCUGUCAAGAGAGCCUCAGAGAUUUCUUACAACACCCUGAACUUUUAGGUAUCUGUCCAUCCUGUUUAGGACAACUUUCUGGAUCAUCCAUCUUCAGAAUACAAGAGCUUCCCCAUUUCUACCAGAGGACCCAUGUGGGUGGUGGAGAAGAUCCGUGUGUCAGUGGAGAGAUCUAACCUUCCCAUCCCAUCAGCCGAACUCAGCUUUAAAAUUGGUGAUAUCAUGUUUGGAGAAAAAGUAGACAAACCCAAAAGGAUUUCCCUCUGUCCUAAUGUCAUCACCCCUGACAACAUCCCAGAGUUCUGCAUCCCCCCAACAAUCCCAUCCCUGCAGGAGAUGAAGACUACGGAGCACAGCCGAGCCGCUCGUGUUAUCAAAGUGUCUCCCUUUGAGAGGGCUAGCCCUGAAAUAGAGGUGAAACAUCAUGAGCCUCUCAACCCCCACAUCAUCCAGGUGGAGAGCGUCGAUGAGAACCCCUACGAUGGCUGCAGUGAUGAGGAGACCACCAAUGCAGAUCCCCAGAGCCAGGCUGCCUUGUCCCUUCCACACCUAGCCAAAGCCCAGACCUGCUAUGGCUUUUGCACCUUACUGGAGAGUCCCCAUACCAGAAGGAAGGAGUCGCUCUUCCACUCUGAUCCUGGUUCCUCUCCAUUGUUGCUGCCCAGGAGUCGAUCCAGCAUGUGCUCCAAAGUCUCCCCUUCCACCUCGCCUUCCUCCUCUCCUUCCUCUUUCAGUCUCAACACCCUGGCCUCCAGGCUUUCCCCAAAAUGCUACGCCCUGAACUGGCAGACCACUCUGGACAGUGAUACGACUUCCUCUACUGAAUCCUCUCCUUUUAGCUCGCCGCUGCUGACCAGGUGCCCUGCCAAGUCUUCCCUCUUCAAAGCACUGAGUCAUGAACUACUGUUGUCAAGGAACAUGAGGAAAGCAAUGGUGUCCAGGAACAAUUCCCUAUCCACAGAUGAAGGCAGCUCCACAGACAACAGCCCCAAUGUCAUGAGGAGGGCAUCAGAGGGGUUAGCUGAAAGCCUGCCCAACAACUACAGCCUGGCACCACCUACCAUCUUCCCCAUGGACUUAAGUCUGCACAGAGAGAGGGUAAUGAAGGAAAGAAUGGUACCCAUAGGUAAAGAUGGCAGCCUGAGACUCUCAGCAGAGUACUGUCCAGAUAACCAAAGACUACGGGUUCGUUUGAUCAGUGCUGAGGGCCUGUACCCUCUCUCUGUAGAUCCUAAGAUUAUCAACUGCAGUGUCAGCCUCUCACUGGUUCCUGGAAAAGUCCAGAAGCAACGCAGCACAGUCAUCAGAAAGAGCCGUAAUCCAAUCUUCAAUGAGGAUUUCUUCUUUGAUGGUAUCUCAGAGGAAGACCUCAGCCAGCGGUCCCUUCGCUUUAAAGUGGUGAACAAAAUGUCCACCCUGAAAAGAGACUAUCUCCUUGGUGAUUGUGAUUUGCCUCUUUCUAGCAUUGUGCCAUUCUAAACCCAAGUACU